UCCUCCAUCCCAUAACUAUGUAUAACAUCGCUGGACAUUAAGGGAUAAACACAAUUCUUAUGUAAAAAUAGGCCCAAGGGUCUUUACCCGCCCUAAGGGAAUUAGUUUCUUGAAACACAAUUAUGUUGUAAAAAUAAUCCGUAGGGUCUUUCAGUCCCUUAAAGAAUAUAUGUGUUUUAACAAAUUGAACAUGAACAUUAUUUUGACGUUUGGUCAAAUCCAACCAGGUGAGCGAUACAGGCCCCAUGGGCCUCUUGUUCUACAAAGUUUACUAACCGAGGAAGAACACGAACAUUACACAAAUUAAUUAGACCUUCUAUUCUUAUCAGACAAGGAAUGUACAGUAAAAAUUGGCAAUAUGUAUGUAUGCAAGUUAACUUAUUAAGAUAUCGCAAUUAGCCAUCUACUGUGAGUACUAAACGAUACUGUCGGCUCUAUUACAUUCGAUCCGGAAGUUAAUUCAACUCUAUGUAAUGCCAGUUACCUGUAAAAUGCCUUUUGAUUAUUAACUCGUUUUUUCUCUGUUUUUUUUUGUUUCUCAUAAACUGGAUGGUCGUUAACCAUGUCCGACUUAAAUAUUUGUUUUCAAGUGCAGGGUGUAGUUAGUCGUUGGAUCGUCCAAUAUGUCAGGAUUGGGUGUCAGGUUAUAGAGGUACAUGUUUACUUAACAGAUGAUAACACAUGUGUACACACUGGGCCUGAUCAAUGUUUACAAUCUUGUAGUGAUACACAUAACGUUUUAUUCAUGACUCUUGCCUCAAACUCACUAUCUACGGAACGUAAUCGCCUAGCCAGCAAUACCCGCAGCUUAUACCACUGCAUCACAUCCCCGUGGAUCAAAUGAAAUUUUAACCAUAGUUAUGUCGUUCUGAGGGCAAUUUACCCAGGCAAAUAUGUAUGUAUAUAUACAAAAACAUAGAAUAUGUUUCAAAACAAUUAUUCACGUUCUGUACAAAUGUGUCAAUCAAACCGUUGUUAAAUGUUUUAAGUAAAUUACUGUUCACAUAUCAUUCUGGUUAGAUCCAAAAUCUAGAGACAUUGUUAUGACAUAACUAAGUCAGUUUGCAACUACGGAUGACAUCACUGUACAAGGUUUUUGGAAUUCAGUCACCAUCUUGGGAAAAUAAAUCUCAAAUUGAAUUGUUUUAUCGAAGGCACAAAAAUUAUUCUUAAAAAUCAUUAAUUUUAAACUUACUAAUAAAUUGUUCACAAUUGUCACCUGACCCUUAUUUACCUCUGGGCCGGCAUUAAUACGUCUGUACCAGGCCGAAUUACCGCAUCUAAAAUUCUGACCGUUAUUUGUUUAACAUGUCGGAAUUUCGGAGCCUGCGACUAUGGUCUGUUUUAAUGAACGGCCAGAACUUUGGAGACUGGGAUGAUGUUUUGGUCAUUUUAAGAGACGGCCUGAACGGUAUAACGGGUUUAUAAAGUGGAUGGGGGUGUUGAUGGUGUUGGUGGCGUUGGAGAAAGGUUGCUUCCUUUUCUCGUCCUCCCGUCCGUUCAUCUGCCCGUAGUCAGUCAACUUAAUUGUGGGGUGUAUAAUCGAUUCAUUACGUCAAACUGCCUUGUUCACAAGUGAUCUGAUAGACCUCUAUCUGCUUGGUGCUAUUUAGCGACGAAAGGAACGGAAUUUAAACAGAUUUUGAAAAUGUCGGUUGCAUUCCACAAGUUUUCAGACAGACCGGCAUACCAGUAGAAAAUCAAUGUGGGGGGAUGGCGAGCACAUGUCGGGAAAUCUAAACAAGUGAAAAACGAAUGUAAAACUCUGCAACCGAUCCUCCCUCAUACAUUGAAGAUCAUUUCACAAACCCUCGUUUGUGCGCUAAUCAAUUACCAUUUACUAUGACCAUUUUCUUUGUUUUUUUUCUGUUCUCGAGGAAACAUUGCCAAUUCGACUGAUCAUAGAGAAAUGUUAUCGUUAAUGCCGAUUCAUAUCUGUAUCAAAACUGUGGCCAACUACUGACUUUUGCUAUGAGAAAAUUCAUUAUUUUGUAUACAUGGGUUGUACAUGACUGUUCAAAUGAAUGGUUUUUGACUAAUUUUCAAAUCAAAGGGGUCAAAUAUUAGAAACGAAUCUUAGUAAUCAAUAGACUCAUGGUCAUGAUAUACGAUUAACGACCCUCACCUUCUUUCAAAGCCACACAUGCAAGAUUGCUGAAAGCUUAAACGACUCGUUCACAAUAAUCGCAAGGUCAAGGGUCAAGAUAUCGGUCAGUGACAUGAAUAGCAAAGUGCUACCAGAUAUGACCUGCUAUGACCUUGAACUACUUAGAUUGUAAAAAAACGGAAGUAGAUAGAAAGGCUAUCAUGAUAAUCACCUGUCCGAUUUGAUUACGCAGGAUUAGCUUCGAUAUAACCAUAUUAUAAUUUAUUAUAUUCAAGCGAUGGAAACCUCACUACAGAUCAUAUUAGCGAUAGUCGUUGGCUAUGCGUUAUGGGUUGUUGUUCCUGCCUUGUGGAGAUACUACGCCCUCUGUCAGAGGAUGAAGAAAUACGGAAACCCAGGCCCCGCCCAUCCAUUUUGGGGUCACGCAAGAUACUUCAACGAUAACGACUCAAUAACCAGUAUUUAUAAUACGGUAGCUGAGAGGAGUCAGUCGAAGAUGGUUGGAUUAUGGAUUACAUUUAUGCCUUUAAUACAUGCAGUUCACCCAGACACAGCGAAGCUCAUCCUCCAGUCUUCCAAUCCGAAACCUGAUGCGCCUGGACAACCAUACAAUAUCCUGAUGUCAUUUUUAGGAGGAGGAUUGGUCACCAGUAACGGAAGUAAGUGGCAGCGAAACCGGAAGUUACUGACUCCAGCCUUCCAUUACGACAUACUUCGUCCUUACGUCAAAGUAUAUAAUAAAGCUGCGGAUGUUCUGUUGAAUACAUAUGCCAGGAAGAUGGCGGACGGAGCGAAGAGUGUUGAUAUCACGGGGGAUUUGGGGCUAGCUCUUCUGGACAUCAUACUGAAAUGUUCCCUUUCCUAUGAAGGAAAUGUACAGGAACAUGUUCCAUGGUACAUGCUGUCCUGGAGGUUGUACAUGAUGUCUGCUGACGGGAAGGAGUAUAAACGCCACAUUGAUUAUGUACACGGAUUUGCGGAGGACAUCAUAGCUAAAAGGAGGAAGGUGUUGCUGGAGGAUCCUUCACUUCUCAGUAACAAGAAGAAAUUGGAUUUCUUAGAUAUAUUGAUGACGGCAAAAGACGAAUCCGGGGCAGGACUGACAGACGAGGAAAUUCGGGAUGAGGUCGAUACAUUCCUUUUUGCAGGUCAUGAUACGACAUACGCAGCACUCACAUGGGCCUUGUACAACCUGGGAAAGUACCCAAAGGAACAGGAAAUCGUGUACCAGGAGGUGUGUGACGUCACUGGAGAUCGGCAGUAUAUCGAAUGGGAUGACCUCUCUAAGUUAACUAAGACGACAAUGUUCCUCAAGGAAAAUUUACGGCUCUAUUCCCCUGCAGUAACCACGACUCGGCUACUCACAAAACCCCUUGAGCUGGAGGGACAAACAUUUCCUGUCGGAUCUACUAUUGGGAUCAAUUUUGCCGUACUACAUCGCCACCCUGAUGUGUUCGAGAACCCUGCAGAAUUUCGUCCAGAAAGAUUCCUUCCAGAAAAUGUAGCCAAGAGAAGUCCAUAUGCUUUUAUACCGUUCUCAGCCGGCUCAAGGAACUGUAUCGGGCAAAACUUCUCAAUGAACGAGCAGAAAGUGAUCCUCUCCAGGAUCGUAAAAAGGUUCAAAGUGAUAUUAGACGAGGAUCACGAGGUGAUUGAUUUGAUCAAAUUGGUGAUAGAACCAAAGAAUGGAAUCAAGAUCCGCUUCGAGGAGCGACAGUGAUUUACAGACACUUGACGGACUGGACCAGUUAUUUAUUUGUAGCUCAAAAGGAUCGGGGUGAAAAUCCUUUUAUUGAUGAAAUGAUGCAUCUUAGUUUUGUUAAGAAAUUUGAUAAACGCACAAACGAAUAGUUGAUGCUGCUGAGGAUUCUUGAUAUUGCUAAAGCAAUACAUGUCCCCUACCGGUCCCCGAUAAAAAUAGUUGUAGUGACCAUGACCUUGACCCCAAAACCCUGAAACUAGAACUUGACCUGUAGCUACUGAUACUGAAGUUUAAUUCUUUCAACAACAUACCCUGAAGUAUGGUUUAGAAAAGUGCGGAAAACUAAAUGGACGGACGGACGGACGGACAGACAGACGGAGAGAUAAUCGGUUUACUGUUGCUAAGGGCCAAAGUAUCGAUACAACAAUAAAACUCGAAUGUCAUGUCGAAUUCUAGUUGAAUCGGUGUUUAAUACCAAUCCAAAUUACGCCAAGUGUUAGUUAGUUUGAUAUUUGUUAUUCAUUUUUCAUUAAAGAACACAUUUUUAGCUCGUCUCUUUUGCUUAUGUUGUCACUCCGGCGUCGGC